AUCGACACAUGAGAUAAUAGACUAUAUUCAUCAAAUUUCACUCGAUUUGUACAUUUUUAUUGGUUGCAUGGCCACAAUUUUAUCCAUAUAUCCAUUCCACUGUCACGACUCUAUUAAGCUACUCGAUCCACAUAUCUAUAAAUACCACCUCCCCUAACCCUAGCUUUUCAUCAAGCCAUAACUUUUUAGUCAAAAAAAAAGUGAUCAUUGAUCUAAACUACUUGCAGGUGACGCACACGUACGUACUCACACAGCUAAGAGCUACAGAUAGUACUCCAGUUCACUUAGCUACAUCAAUCAAGGAAAAUUAAGCUUAGCAACAACCAGCUAGCUUCCAUGGCGGCAAAGCUCCCCACUGUCGUCCUCCUCGCCUCCUUCGCCGCCGUCAUCCUCUCCCUCGCCGCGCCGUUGCUCGCCGGCGACCCCGACAUGCUCCAGGACAUCUGCGUCGCCGACUACAAGUCGCUUCAAGGCCCGCUGAGGGUGAACGGGUUCCCGUGCAAGCCGGAGGCGAACGUGACGGCGGAGGACUUCUUCUUCCCGGGGCUGGGAAAGCCGGCCGACGUGUACUCCGGCAACCCGAUGGGGUCGGCGGUGACGGCGGCGACGGUGGAGAGGAUCCCGGGGCUGAACACGCUGGGCGUGUCCAUGGCGCGCGUCGACUACGCGCCGUGGGGCGGCGCCAACCCGCCGCACUCCCACCCGCGCGCCACCGAGAUCCUCUUCGUCGCCGACGGCCUCCUCGAGGUCGGCUUCGUCGUCGCCACGGCGGCGCCGGCGAGCAGCAGGCUCAUCACCCGCGUCGUCCCCAAGGGCGGCGUCUUCGUCUUCCCCCGCGGCCUCCUCCACUACGAGCGGAGCGUCGGCGAGAAGCCCGCCGUGGCGAUCUCAGCGUUCGACAGCCAGCUCCCCGGAACGCAGGCCGCCGCCGACGCGCUGUUCGGCUCGUCGUCGCCGGCGGUGCCCACCGACGUGCUGGCCCGCGCGUUCCAGGUCGACGGCGGCGUGGUCGAGAACAUCAAGUCCAAGUUCCAGCACAAGUAGGGCGCCCGGAGUGUGCCGGCGUCGUGAACACGAUCAAGCUAGCUAGUGGUACAUGUACGUCCGUACGGUGCCUUACUAGCUACUCCCUCUGUUUCACGAUGUAGAAAUGCUAGAAUGACUUACAUCGUGAAACAGAUAAAGUAGUAAUAAGAAAAUGCAUACGUAAUUGUGUGCCCUAAUUUCUUAUUUGGUGUACGGUUGUAAUGGUGUAUAUACACACUCCAAAUUAUUUAUUCAAACAUGAAUAUAAUACGUGUGCCGAUUAUAUAU